GUUUUCCCUUUUCCCCUAUUUCUAAGACGGCGAGUAUUUCCAAACGUCUUUCGCCUUCUAUUGUUGAAAAGCAGGUCUAAUGGUAUGUUAGAGUAGGUUGCAUCUGCACACGUUGGCUGAAAAAUUUUGUGCACUGAAAUGUGCAUAUUAUAGUUGUUUGAAGAUAUCACUUAAUGAAGAUUGAGAUGACUUCUAACUCCCUUCAAAAUAAUGCAACAGUAGGAUUUAAAGAAAACUUACGAUUUUUUCAAAGUCAAAUAGAUAAGACUUACUCAACAGACUGUGAGUUUUCUGAUGCAGAAAAGAGAACAACAAAUGACGUCCCUAGUGUAGACAAUAUACUAACUAAUGUGAAAUAUCUGUGUAUUUCAAGGAAUACUUCUACUGGACAAGAUAAAAAAGAUCCUAACUUUGUUAAAAAAUACAGCAAUUCAUGGUGCCAAAACACUGCUAAAUUGACAACAAGUGAUCAUUUUUUAUCUCAACAUGUUUCCUCUAAUAAAGAAUCAUCACUUCUUAGCAAUUUUAAUCCCUCAUUCGAGGCACCUGACGAAAAUCUACUUACAGACAAUUCUUCAUCUCAUUUAAAACACACUAGCCAAACUAAUGACUUUUUCGAUUCCAAAAGUGCCAUUGAUAACAAUUUAAAAAUAACGCAACUUUCGGGGAUUUUCGAGAAUUUAAAAUCGAGUAGGCCUUUGAUCACAAAUGCAGAUUCAAAAUGUGAUCAAACAAGUAAAAAAAGUUCUAAUUAUGUAGUUGUGAAUGGUAACAGUAAUGGUACAAUCCGAAAAGGAUUCAAAAAUAAACAAAAAGAGAUUAGAUCUGUUUCCCCCGAUGACAGUAAUGAGCCAGAGUACGGAUCUGAAGACUUUGUAGUUCAUAAAGCAAAUUUUCCAGAAUAUUAUGUGGAAGAAAUGCUUUUUAAUGAUGACUCUGGAGACGAACAAGAGCAUAUUCAAGGACAGUUUCCUGAAAAUAAAUCUUCUUAUGUAAAUGAUCCUCAGCGGUUCUCAUACUAUACUGAUGAGUUAGAAGUGAUACCAGAAGAAGAUAGUGAAUAUGAUAGCUGUGACGAAUCAUCAUCUAAAUCAGAUUUACACUGGGAUUCCGAAAAGAAAAAUUAUGUUGAAAAACUUAAUGAAGAUUCUGCCAACAAAACUUUUAAUGAUUCAAUUGAAAAUUCCAAGUGUCAUAAAAAUAACAUGCUAAUUUUUGGAAAUAAUGUUUUCCCUGAGGAAUCAAAUGAUAUACUACAGCCAAGAAAUUCAACAAGUUCAUGGGAUCCUGUAAGUAUUACUUAUUUUACUGCCAUUGUUAUGAUAAUUAUGAAUUAAAUUAGGAAUAAGAAG